AUGUCAACUGUGGUUAGCGCUCCAAACUCACUGCAGAUGGCAGGACGAGAGGUCAGGGAUGGAAAUUAAAGAACAAAUUUGGAACAGGAGCAGGAAGGCUGUUCUGGAGUUGGAUAGGGAAGGGGGACAUAGGGGUCAGAGCAGGCCCAAACAUAUGGGCUUUUUAAACAGCAAUUAGAUGCGCCCCUGCUUCCACCUCGGAGCUACGGGUACGGUUUGACCCCUAAUCAUCCCCAAUUUCCACUGAGCCCUCUCUCUGAGAUAUGUCCCCUCAGAUUGGGUGUUUAUUUUUUGGCCCGUUUCCUGUUUGACUAAAAGCUAAGCUUAUGGAUGACAGUGAGGGCAAGGGCGACGCGUGCACUUGCUGCAUGGCUAUGCUUUCAACCCCCCCUCACCCCUAUUAGUCACUCUAUUUUAUUUUAUUAAACCUGAUUGAUUGUGAUGAUAAUGCGCAAUCCCAUUUGACAUACAAAUUCAUUGUCUAUUCAACACUAUACUAACUAUAUGAAUUGUCUCCUUUAUUUUAAGCAAAUAAAAUGAGAGGGUCUAUUGUGUACUACUCCAUUUCACACACAAUGUUUAUUUUAUUCCCCUGUUCGUCUUUCUCUGACUAAACUGAAUCGUAUUUCAUGAGAGAGCAUAAUCUAUAAGAGAAAGCUUUUUAUGUUUUUUUUUUUUUUAAAUCUGCAGCAAAACAUUUGGUUCAAUCUGACUUCUGACAUACUGUAGAAGUGUUACUGAAGAUAAUAUGUCCCCUGAGAAUUCUUCCCUUUUUUCUUGUACUGUAUGUUACUGUACAUGCAUGUUUUUUUAGUUUAUUGGGCUGUAAGAAAUCAUGAUGUCAGUAGCUUCUUUGUUCUAACAUCUGUACAACAGUAUAAAUUAAUCCUGGCUAUGAAUGAGGGGGAUUGAAGUUGAUGAUAAAUAAAUUGUACUUUUUUCAUGAACGUCCCAGAUGUCCCAUCCAUUCUGUAACAUUCUGUUAUGGACCUUAUGGACAUAGAUUGUAUUUAUUCGUUGCAUUCAGCCUUCAGAGAGGUUCUGUUCUAAAGACAUAAAUAAACACACUCUAAAUUGAUGCUUAGUCGCUGUAUAUAAAAAGGGGGUGCACACACAGAGAACUUUCUUCUAGGCUUGCACACACACAGCCCUACCCCUACACACGUAAGCUGCAGACAUGUCCUCUGACACUUUGAACCUUUGAACCCGCACAGUCAUCAUCAAAACCCAUCAACCUCCCCCACCCUCACAUUCCCCCACCUAUAACCCCUCUGUGUCCCUGUAUGUCUUCUCUAUAAUAAGCCCCCCACCCACCCAUACAUCCCAGUAAUGAGGGAACCAAGAUCAUGGCCGCCCCAUCCUACCCUGCCCUGACACAAGGAGCCAACACACUCUAAAUGACCAGCAGCAGGUAUUUCCUAACCCUGGCUGCCAUCUAGCCCCAAUGCUGCAGCCUGGCCAUGCCUGGCUCUCUCUGGCUCCUCUCUACCCCAGAUGUAUUCCCUCCUGAGGUCUCUCGCCUUUGAGCACUCGGAUGAUUGGCCCCCAGAUGCAAAAAAGACGUGGAGGCCAGUUUUUAUUUGCCAAGGGCAGGUUAUUAUUGUUUUUUUUUUGUUGCUCUGAAUAUUCAGUAUAUGGUCACACACACACACAUUAUUUCUGAACAGGCCUAUUCUUAGUAAUUGAUUAUAGAUACAGUAUAGCUGGAAGACAAGGUUGUACAGUAUCUGGACCUAACAAUUAUCAUUUAAGAAGUAUUUAAAACGUGUGUAGUGUAGUAAUCUAGUAAAUGUUGUAGUUUUAAAUGUAAAAAAUACUCCUAGUUCUUUCCGUAUUACUUAUCUCUCAGUUUGCCACAAUAGCAUUCUCACAACACAGCACUAGUAUAGUUGAAACAACCCAUAAAAGCGGUGUUGAAUUAAUAUCAGCCUACUGUCAGGAUAAUGGAAUGAUUACUACUGCUUGCCUCUACACUUCACUGAUUAUGAAGAAAACAAAUCUUAAACAGGUUGGACCUUCUAAAUGCGAUUUUACGGUGCAUGUUACUGCAUGCCUCUUUAUGACUUGAUUUCAAUUUCUCCCCAAAAUUGUAGCAGACGCAUUAUCAUAAUCUACUUUACAGUCACUCUAUCUCCUUACAGAAGACGUCAUUGUCCCAGGCACACAGACCUCUUCCUCUAGAAGUACCCUAGAUGCCGUUCUUUGACAAGAGCCCAUUUCUUCAUCCUACCCAUGUCAUUAAGUCCAUUGACUCCACAGUAAAAAGUGAUAGGUCUACUGUGACUGAUGAAGUAUAAACAUAGAUCCCUGACAUAUCGCUCUGAUCCCUCUGCUUUCUAUCCAGUCUAUUUGAACUUCAUGCUGUUGAACAUUGCAACAAUUAUUUAAUUUACCUUUGACUCCUCUGACCCCCAAGGGUCAAUUGAAGGAGAUGAUUAGGAUAAAGGUUGAUUAGGGAAAGAGGAAGAUGAGAUAAACAAAUAUUUCCUGUGAAAUGAUUUAAAUAUUCCUUGGCAAAAUAUAAUAAUCCAUGUUUUGUUUUGUCCUUUUGUUUUUACAAAAUAUUGAGUACAGAGUCUGACAAAUAAAUCAGUGACAGACCUAUGAAGCCAAAAGUUUUCUCUGAAGGCUGGCAAAUAUAUAUAUAUAUUUUUGCUUUCAAUGGUGUCAGAGAAAUCUGACCCUAGGCCAGUGCUUAUGGACAAACUCUGGCUCUGAAGCAUAGUAGCAUCCAAAGUAUAUGCCAGUAUUUUACUUUUUUCAUUAUAAAAAAGUAAGCUUUUUGCUCACUAACCAAUUUCAGUUUAGUAUUUUUGCGUGUUCAAACAGGCGUUACUCUAAUGUCCCUUCACUGGUCCUUUUUGCCUUUUGGGUUCUUGAAGUGGCAUCAACAAACAAAGAUGGUGGCUUAGAAGAAAGUUUUGCUGAAAUGUGAUUAACUUUGGCCAUUUUAAGCUGGUGGUUUUUUCACCUCAUUUAUCAAACCAGGCGGUGCCUGUGGCUUUAGGUCGUGGACUGAAACCGGCUCCUACUAACCGGAGUCGGCAGCGAGAGAGAGCCCUCCAAUUAGCCGCUCCGCAAAAGAGUGGCCCUGGCUCACUUGUGCAACCACCCGAGGAGGAGCUCACUAAGACCAUUAUAGGCGGGAGAAGACUCGCAUAG